GUGGCCGCGUCAGACCGAGCCCGCAGUGAGCAAGCUUCCCUGCGGGCGGGCUACGCCAUGGAGUCCGGAGCGGCCGAGCUGUACGACCAGGCCCUGCUGGGCAUCCUGCAGCACGUGGGCAAUGUCCAGGACUUUCUGCGCGUGCUCUUUGGCUUCCUUUACCGCAAGACCGACUUCUACCGCCUCCUGCGCCACCCGUCCGAUCGCAUGGGCUUCCCGCCCGGGGCCGCCCAGGCCCUAGUGCUGCAGGUAUUCAAAACCUUUGACCACAUGGCCCGUCAGGAUGAUGAAAAGAGGAGAAAGGAGCUGGAGGAGAAAAUCAGGAAAAAGGAAGAAGAGGAGGCUACAGCUGUGGCAGUGGCUCCAGGUGGGCAGGACCCUGUCCCAGUCCCAGUUCAGGAGGUGGAGAUCGACUCCACCACAGAUGCUGAUGGGCCUCAAGAACCUCCGGGUCCACAGGGCACGGUUCAGGAUGUGGCCCACCACUUGGGGGAGGUAGCGCCGGCAGGAGCAGAUGCUGGUACGGCUGAAGUUCUGAGGGAACCACCAGCUCCUUCCAAGAGACAGGAGCAGUUCCAGAGAAACCCUGACAGCUACAAUGGUGCUGUGCGUGAGAACUACACCUGGUCACAGGACUAUACCGAUUUGGAGCUCAAGGUGCCCGUGCCCAAGCACGUGGUGAAGGGCAGGCAGGUCUCAGUGGCUCUCAGCAGCAGUUCCAUCCGAGUGGCAGUACUGGAGGAAAGUGGGGAGCGUGUCCUCAUGGAAGGGAAGUUCACCCACAAGAUCAACACUGAGAGUUCUCUUUGGAGCCUGGAGCCUGGAAAGUGUGUCUUGGUGAGCCUGAACAAGGUGGGCGAGUACUGGUGGAGUGCCAUCCUGGAGGGUGAAGAGCACAUCGACAUUGACAAGAUCAACAAGGAGCGCUCCAUGGCUACAGUGGACGAGGAGGAGCAUGCUGUUCUGGACAGGCUCACCUUCGACUACCACCAGAAGCUGCAGGGCAAGCCACAGAGCCACGAGCUGACACGACAGCAGCAGAAUGACCACUGAACUCCAUCAGCUGAGGUUCGAGGAAAGUGGGGUAUCCGCCUGUGACGUCGUCUUCGUCUCCGGUGUUGGUUUGCAAUAAAUCUGUAUUUAAGCACUUCUGGGAUCUGUGUGUGAUAUUUGCUACUGAGAGAAUUCUCUGCGUGUGGUCAUUAUGUGACCUCUAAUAUGAAGUUGCUGCCCGCAUUGCAGAACAUGCCAAAAGGGAGAAUUCCUAAAUGUCUCCUAAAAAUGUUUCCCAUCUGGCCUGCACAAUGGUUAGCCUUCACUCAGCUCAGAAGACUGAUAAGCUUUUGACAAGGAAAAAAGAAUGGUACCUGUAGCGCUUACAUUGAUUGCCAAAUGGUUCUAAAAAUCCGGGAUGGAUGCAGGAUUCAGGGGCUUCAGCCACACGCUCUCAGGUGCCUCACUUACUUCCUCGCCCCAAAACCGAGGCCAGGUGUCUGGCUGCCCCUCUGGGCACAACAGAGGCACCCCUUCCUCCUAUCAGGCUCUCCCACCUCCCACCUCUAGCCCUGCAGAUGCCCCGUGGGUAUUGCAAACAUCAUGAGUGAAUGAAGAAUACUUCAGUGGCUCAACAGUGGCAUUACCAAACCAACCCCGAGGGCCAGAAAUAACCUGCCCCCUAAAUUGUGGGGGAGGAAGAACAGAUAGGACUGUUCUGUGUGGAAAUGUGUUUGGGAGGUGGCAGUUGGGAAACAGACCCUCACCCACUUCCAGUCUGCUCCCGUGGUGGGCCAGCUGGCCGAGAGCUCAGCCCAGGGUGGGAUAGCGCCUUUCUGUGUGUAAAGAGAGUGGGGUUGUUGGAGCAGAAACUGACCAGCCCUGGAUAAACACGCUCUCUCCCUUGGUCAGAGGGUGGCCACUGAAGCAGAUCGCCUACUCCGCCAGUGCCUUGGACAUGAAGCCCAUGCCGAGGGGGUCUGGGAGGCAGGAUUUCUGAGUUUUUUCCUGCUGGGUUCUGUCACGCAUUUCCCUGGGUACUAGGGGCAGUGUUGCUGAUGCUCACGUGGCAUGGUUGGUAGGAAGUCUGGGGCCCUCACCUGCCAAACCCUGUCAGAAUUCCAGGACUACAGAAAAAGUUACUCUAUCAGACUCGGCUCAGUCCUCAGGCCGUCUUGUUUUUUGUUUUUGUUUUUUUUCUUGAUUUUGUUCUGUAUAGCUGAAAGCUGACCCGCCUAUAGUAGGAAGAAAGUAAGUGCUGAGACUGUCAGAUGCCUCCCUGCGUGCUGCUCCCCUGCUGUUCCCCAGUGCCCCCUGGCCUGUGGGGUCUGGUGGGCUGCUGCCUGCUUGGAGGACAUCAGGAGGGACGGGGGCCCAUCCUGGGAGAGCCUGACUCCUGGUGACUUGGUCUUGCUGGUGCUGAGGGGGUCAGUGUGUUGGGACAUUGUUACACGCCCCCUGUAGACAGCAAGCCUGGUGGGCCUGAGGAGGCCUUAACAAGGUGGAAGUCUCCUGCUGAGAACACCUCCAUCUUCCCUGAGGAGGAAGGAUUAGGAGACUGUUGCAAGACACAACUGCACCUGGAGUCAGUCACGGGUUCUCUAGGGAAUUCAUUUGGGGCUCUUUUUGCCUUAGUUCUGACUCGCAGGAGGAAAUCUUAAGCAGAGCUGGAUGGGACCUCAUUGGUCCAACCCACUCGUGGCGGGCAUGUGGUACCCCCAAGACUCCAACUGGGCCCAUAACCUGCCUUGUCUAGGAGAGCGGGGCAGGGGUGUGGGGGUAGGCCCAGUGGGUUCCUUGUGUCCCCAGUCCUGGCAGGAUUUCCCUGACCUCUGCUGUCCACAUCUUCCCAGAACAGGCCUGGUACUGGGGGACCAUCCUUGGGUAAAUAAUGGGAUAGAGGGAGGCCGCCAAACGUCAUCCACUUACCGAAACCCUGGUGACCCAGAAGUUCUAAGAGAAGGAUCCUGGAGGGCGCUCGGCCAUUUCUUAAUGGGUGUGGCCACUGAUCUGCUGAGCACUCCUCCGAGUCCCAGUGAUGGGGGUGAUUCAUCCAGGGCAGGCCAGGGCUGCCAGAAACGAGCUGCUGCGAGGAAAGUCGGGCCCCAGGGAUGGUGUGCUUGACCCACAGUACAUAUGCCGCGGUUGUGAACAAAGUUUGGUGUAAAUACAAACGGGAAAACCCCGGGUACUUGCUGGGGAGGGGUUGUGGACGAGCUAGUGCCUCAGGUGGGGAAGAUUGACAGCAGCACCCUCAGGGCCAGGAGGGCUGCAGAGACAGGAGGUCACAGCCAAGAUGCCGCAGAGAGCUGCCGAGGGAGGCAAAGGCAAAAUGGGAAGGAGGAACUAGAACACUGUGCUCUUGCAGUCCUGCUGAGGGUCCCAUAUGUUCUCUCUGUUCUCAAGAUAAAUGUCUCCAUUUCUGUGUCUUGGGAGCAGAAAGAGCAUUAACUAGGGACCCCCUGAGUCGCUGGUGUGGAGUUUGUGACGACGCCCACGGGGAUGCCAGUGGCUGAUGUUUCUGGAGCACAGACGUCAGUGGAUGUCGGGCAGCAUGUGCACCAUGAGGGUGCAGUCCACAAGGCCAGAAAUGACAGGUCUGUUGCUCUGAGAAGUACCCACUCGCGUGACAGCUGGGGAAACCGAAGGUACCGGCGCUCCACAGCAGUGAAGCAAUGAGUUUGGGGGUGAGGAUACUAGUGUGUUGGCCUUUCAUGUGAAUGAGCCGCUUCAGGACCGUGGACGAGCCCCCUGAGUCCCACACCCCGCCCAGAGAGGGGCCUGGGUGGUGCCCCCAAUAAGUCUCUUGCUACCCAGAAAGGGAGGCUGCUGUCUCGUGCAUUUGAACAUGAAGACUGGUGUUCAAGAGUUGGGUAGGAAAGGGAAAUAAGGCAUUUGGGGAUUUUGUCCACCUUAUCUCUAGGGUUUGGCUGUGGGGGUCCUUGGGGAUACUAGCAGAGAGCCCCUGGUCAGGGGAGGUGACAGGAUUCACUCUCCCCAUCACCGGAUGCUCACUCCAUCCAGUCUCAUCCCACCUUCUGUGGAGUUGUCUUCACAGGAUUCACCUGGCAGUGGACUCUGGCCAGGAGACCCGACCCCAGGCCUGGACUGCGCCUCCCAGCCAUGCUUGAUGGGCUGAUCCAUCCCUGCUAGCAGAGGGUCUGCACAUGGUGGACCUGGGCACUCAUUUACCCCCUUUGAUUAGGGGAGGCAGGCUGUGUUUCUGCAGUGUCAUGUCAGAGGUCAGGGAGAACACUCCAGGUACCCUCUCAGAGUCAGCAUGGACCCACACCCCCAGUGCCAGUCAGACCACACUGCCCACCCUGUGUUGCCACUGAUGUAAAGAAUAGGGAUUUUCAACCGGGUUAGUGAUCAGAUAGAACACUAAGAUGGUGGACAGAUUUGAGGAUGGACUCAAGGGCCAGGCAGUGCUUGCAGCCCCCACCCCCACCUCCAGGACCCAGAAAUGGAGGGACAAGGGCAGGUCUUGAAG